GAGCACACAAGUCAUGUGACGCCAGAUCAAAAUGGCACCUGUUUGUAAACAGGUUGGUUUGGUUGUGCUGGCCGUCCUGUUGGGUGGAUGGGUUGGCGGGACGCGCUACACCCCGGAUUGGGACUCCCUUGACAAACGCCCCCUCCCGCCGUGGUACGAUGGUAUCAAGAUUGGGGUAUUUAUCCACUGGGGAGUAUUCUCUGUGCCGGCCUUCCGGUCAGAAUGGUUCUGGUGGGACUGGCAGGGCGCUAAGUAUAACGACUGUAUCGAGUUUAUGGAGGCAAACUACCCUCCCGGCUUCACCUACCCAGACUUCGGACCCGAGUUCACUGCAUCAAACUUUGACGCCAACAAAUGGGCGGAGGUUCUUGACAAGUCAGGGGCGGGGUAUGUCGUUUUGACCUCUAAACACCACGAGGGCUACACCAUGUGGCCAUCUGAACAUUCUUGGAACUGGAACGCCAUGGACGUUGGGCCAAAACGGGAUCUGGUCGGUGAGCUAGCCAACGCCGUCAGAAAUAAAACCUCCAUGUUUUUCGGACUUUAUCAUUCCCUGUUCGAAUGGUUCAAUCCAAUGUACCUUGCGGACAAGGCAAGCAAGUUCAAGACCCAGGACUUCGUCAGGGCGAAGACUCUACCCGAACUAUACGAAAUUGUGAACAGAUACAAACCGGAUCUGAUCUGGUCGGACGGGGACUGGGAGGCACCGGACACUUACUGGAACUCCACCCAAUUCCUGGCCUGGCUGUACAACGAUAGCCCCGUGAAGGACAAUGUUUUGACCAAUGACCGGUGGGGAAGUGGAGUCAUGUGUAAACAUGGCGGUUAUUUCACCUGCGCUGACCGCUACGAUCCAGGUGUCCUUCAGAAGCAUAAGUGGGAAAAUGCCAUGACGCUGGACCGGAAGUCUUGGGGAUACCGGAGCAACAUGGAUCUAUCAGAUGUGUUAACCAUAAAGGAACUUAUAGCAACACUGUCGGAAACGAUAAGUUGCGGUGGUAACCUGUUGGUAAACAUUGGGCCCACGUCGGACGGAACCAUCCCGCCUGUAUUUGAGGAGCGACUCCUACAGAUGGGAGAAUGGCUCACGGUCAAUGCUGAUGCCGUAUACGACGCUAAGCCUUGGCACUUCCAGAAUGACACCCAUACCCCAGGAGUUUGGUACACUGCCAAGAAGAUCAGCAUGGUGACCAUUGUUUACGCCUUUGUCCAGAAAUUGCCGGAGUCCGGCUUCCUGUACCUUGGCGCCCCUAUCCCCGGGGACCCUUCCUACUGCCAGGUCACCCUUCAGGGAACAGUGUAUAAGUUCCCCUGGACCACGGGGCCACAGGGUGGUAUGAACAUCUCAGUGUCUACCGUCACAAAAGCAACGCCCUACUCCUGGGGUUGGGUCUUUUCAUUGUAUGGACUGAAAAACCAAUAAGUGUAAGACAUCAAUAGUUUUCUGAUAUUAAUUACAAUAUAGAUUACCAGGCUACCUGCAUUUGUCCAUGGCUGUUGUCUGGGAUCAAUCUAUCAGUUCAAAUUCGUUUUCAAACAGUCCCAUUAAAUGGUGUCCUAACAGCCAGCUUUCCUUUUAGAAAGUCAAACUAUUUGUAAUCAAUGUGACCCUUACUUAAUGCAAUAUAGUGUAACAAGGAAGGUUAUAUGUACGUAUCGUAUACGGACAGGAUAUGUAUGGUAUCAGAACUAUGUACAACGUACAUCAGUCGGGUUGAUGUCUAUCCGCUGAUCACUGAUACCCAAGAGACUGCUCGAAAACAAAUAUCUUACUGUAGCAUGACAAGUCAAUACUGUAAAGACAGGCACCACGUAUACAGUUUGUAUAUACUAUAUAUAACUCAAAACAGAUUGAUAUUUAUCAAUAAUGGACAGCAAGACGUUUGGGCAAUCAGUAAAAUUUUAACAUUGUUGGUGUUUUUUCAAAGCAAAAUAAAUUCGUAAAAUCAAAAUAAACUCCUAAAAUCAAAUGACACUGAACAAGUCCACUUAGCAUAACUGUAAGUACAUUAUGCAUCAUAGUCCAAUUGAAAUGCGCUGAAUGUAUUCUACAGAGUAAUUACGUAUUCUACAUAGUAUUUACUAUACGGUCUUACCAUCAAUCUGUCUGUGAUAAGGGCUACAUAUCCUUAUAUUAUAUGUAGUCUUGUUAAACUCUAAUUGAUGAUAUACAGUCAUAUCUAUAGUUAUAGGUAUCUGUCAUUUGUGAGCCAUUGCUGUACCGAACCUGCCAUAUAUACCUGUAGGCCCCAUACUGUUAAUGCUAUAACCACAAUAUGACCGUUCAUUUGCUUCUUUUCACCCAUACGCAGAUUUAUAAAGUAUACCAGUUAAACAAAGAAUAACAAUAUGAUUUAGGAUUCUCAAAUUUCCCAACAUUAGUCAUUUCAAACGGGUAUUUAGAGAGUUAAAACACAUCUACUACUUAUCGCAGUCAGUUCAGUUUAAUUGUAAAUAGAAAUAAUAUACCAUCACAUUCCUUAGAAUUACGAAGAUGAAAGGUAGAACUGAUGAAAGCAUACUCCGGAAUAAAAUCCAUUUUGUGCUAUGAAAUUAUAUUUAUUGUACGAUUUUGAAAGCUAAAAUUGUAUCAUGCAGUUGCAUAGUAAAACAUCGCUUGAUAGGCGGUUGAUUAUUAAGGGCACAUAGUGUUAACAAAUUGAAUUUACAUUAAACUAUCUCGCGACGUGUUGUUACGUUUGAUAAUGUUUUUGAUGUGUUCGGGCAUCGUUUAUUGUGUUAUUCCAAAAAAGCUGCUCAUAAUUUGAUAUGAUUAUUUGCACACUGUAUAUUUGGUUUGUUUUUUUAUAUUAAACCUAUUGCGUUUUGUUCUUGUAAAGCUUUGUUAUAUGUAACACACUAGUUUAAAUGUUUAAUUGUAAGGGAUAAUUCCAUGUUUAAUUAAAAGUUUGCGAAAUAUGCAGUUGGUUAAGAUUACUUUAUAAUUGUAAAGGGUAGCUUCAUUGAUGAUUAUGCAGGAUAGAUAGAUUUAUAAUUCAGAAAUAUAGUGAUAUUUGUUAUUUUGAAAACAUGUACUCCGUUCAUAAUUAUGAAGAAUAUUUCCUUUGAUAAUUGUGAAGAAGAAUUCCAUUUAUGAUUGUAAUGGAUAGCGAUAUUAUUGUUGUGAAGGAUAGUUCCAUUUUUAAUUGUGAAAAAUGAUUCCAUUUAUAUUUGUUAACGAUAACUAUUUAUUAUUGUCAAAGACAAUCGCUUUUGUUAUUGUGAAGGAUAGUUCCAUUCUUGAUUGUGAAGGAAAAUAUCAUUCACAAUUGUGAAGAAUAAUUCCAUUUUGAAUUAUGAAUAAUAAUUCUAUUUAUGAUUCUGAAGAAUAAUUCCAUUUGUAAUUGUCAAGAGUAAUUCUAUUUAAAGUUGUGAAUGAUAGCUAUAUUUGUAAUUGUGAAAGACAAUUACAUUUGCAAUGGUGAAGGAUAGUUCCAUUCUUGAUUGUGAAGGAAAAUAUAAUUCACAAUUGUGAAGAAUAAUUUUAUUUUGAAUUAUGAAGAAUAAUUUUACUUUGAAUUAUGAAGAAUAAUUUUACUUUGAAUUAUGAAGAAUAAUUUUAUUUAUGAUUGUGAAGAAUAAUUCCAUUUGUAAUUGUGAAAAGUAAUUCCAUUUAAGAUUGUGAAAGAUAGCUAUAUUUGUAAUUAUGAAAGAGAAUUACAUUUGCAAUUGUGAAGGAUAGUUCAUUUUUAAUUGUGAAAGCUAACCGCAUUUGUAAUUGUGAUUUAUAAUUAUAAUUAUAAUUAUUUCAUUUAUAAUUUUGAACGAUAGCAAUAUUUAUACUUGUGAGAGACAAUUGCAUUUGUAAUUGUGAAGGAAAAUGUAAUUUAUAUUUGAAAAGGGCAAUACCAUUGGUAACUAUGCAAAGUAGAGAUAUAUCAUGGAAUGUACAGAGCUUAUGUAUUUGAUAUUAUUUGUAUAAAAUUAACCUAUCUAACUUUUCCCCGUUAUAUGUAAAUUGAAAAUAUGUGUAAUUAAAAAGCUCGCUAAGGAUUCAAG